AUGCCAUCGGUUAUUCAGUUCGUGUUCUGUGGACUCGUUCUCAACGUGCUUUAUCGACUGCCCAGUGCUCGUACAGUAAUCAAUUAUCCUAUUAUCAAUUUGCUUGCGUCGGAUGUCUUACGAGCCGUCUUGACCUUCCUUGCCAUUCCCUUCUCUUUUACAAAGUACGACCAUCCUUCAAUUGGCGAACGAGUGUACUGCGAGUUCUUCAGAUAUGCAAACAACGUUCAGUUGUCUUGGUCCUGCUGGGCCAUCGUCAUAGUUGCCUAUAGUCGCUAUGACAUCGUUGCAAACGUAUUCGACCAUAAAUUCAAGAAAAAACGCUUUUGGACACUCACCUUGACGAGUUGGAUCGUAUCGCUUCUUACAUCCUUACCUCCUAUUAUAGGAUGGAGCUCUUACGAUAUCAGGAAGAUGAAAAACAUGUAUCGAUGUACUACCGGAUCGAAUGGAAUGAAAAAGGAUUUGGCAAGUGCCACUUUCCUUCCAUUUUUCUAUUUUGUCAACUACGUUGUUCCUUCGAUUCUCGUCUUGAUACUCUUUUCCUGUAUUGCUCGCAUCGCCAUCAAGCGGCAGAUAAAACACCCGACUUCUUCAAAUAAGAUUGUUGUACUGUCAGGUUUCUCUCAUCCGUCUCUUCCAUCUACCGAGCAAGAACGGCAGCGAGACUUAGCAGCUCAUCUAAAGACGAUCAUUCAGUCUAGGUCAUUCCUCUACAUCGUUCUGAUCGUCGUGACCAACACAUUUCUCUUAGCGCCAUAUGUAGUGACCACUUCCUAUGAUACUGUCAGUCGUGAUAUUGGACUACAAAAGAAAAUACCAAAUGUUGCAAUGGAUAUCACUACAGUACUCUUCUUGGUGAAUUUUAAUGCUAACUCUUUGCUAUACAUAUUUUGGAUCAAGACUUUUCAGCACGCGACUGCUGUUCUGUGUUGUCGCAGGAGGGAGGAGCGCACUGCAACAGCAGCAGUAUAUUGA